AUGGCGCCUAUGCCUGUCGGCGAGAACACAUAUGUCGUCACGAGUGUUGUUUCACCGGAGGCCAAGCUGCCAAUGCUGGACGCUGCGACAGAUACUGGCAAGUUUGUCGCAGCCAUUUUAGCGGAGCCGGAGAGGUACCAUGGUCAGGUUGUGGCGGCAGCGACAAAGUUGUACUCCAUGGAGGAGAUUGCAAAGAUCAUGAGCGUCACGAGCGGCAAGACGAUCACAUACAAGCAAAUGCCUGUUUCUGAGAUUAAGAACUUCAUGCCGCCAGUGAUCGGGGACCGGGUCGUCGAUAUGAUGCUGUACAUUCAGGAUUUCGGUUACUACGGACCGAAGACGGAGGAACUCAUGGCAGGGACACCGGCUGUGGCCCGGGGGAAGUUGACCACGAUGGAGGAUUUCUUCGAAAAGCACGGUGUUGCUUUGCGUUAG